AUCCAUUCUCCGGCAUGUACCCCAACUACCAGCCGGGGAGACACCCGGCUCAGACCCUCACCCUGAACGGCCAGUACCUUCCGCCUGCUUAUGAUUUCUCCGGUUACCAUCACAGCGUGUCGGGGGUCACCGACCCAUCAACGACCACCUGGAACCCUGUUUAUACUCCCCGCGAGGAGAACCCCUACAGCUUCCCGGGUUCGAGCCCCAGCGCGGGGCAGGUGAGCUACACCUCCCCGGAGCUGAGCAACGCCCCCUCAGCCGCAGGAGGAGAGGGGUCCCUCACUCCCUACAGCUUCAUCCCAGGACAGGACCCCUUCAGCUUCCGGAGGAGACCACCUGAGCCCAUCAGACAGACAUUUUCAGUUGGAAAGACACGGACGAAGGACAAAUACAGGGUUGUGUACACCGAUCACCAACGGCUGGAGCUGGAGAAGGAGUUCCAGUGCAACCGCUACAUCACCAUGAGGAGGAAGUCUGACCUGUCAGUUUCUCUAGGACUCUCUGAGAGACAGGUGAAGAUCUGGUUUCAAAACAGACGUGCGAAAGAGAGAAAGAUCAACAGGAAGAAGCUGCAACAUUCCCAACAGGCCUCCACAACGACGCCCACCCCACCUGCUCUUGGUGUACUCACUGAAUCCCAAGUUACCAGCAGCCCCGGCACCAGCAACAUACUGUCGGACAUAAAAUCAGAGGAGUACUAG